ACCUUACUGCUCCUCGCUGCCAUUGCGCGUCUGGGUUCAGCGCAUUUCGCUGUAGUCUAUCCCGAAUGGCGCGCCGACACCCUUGAGAACGAGGAAUUAUACUCGCAGUGGGAAUACCCCUGCGGCGGCGUUCCAAAUGGCGUAGGCAACCGCACCGACUGGCCCAUCAGCGGCGGCUCCGUCGUCCUCGAACUCCACCACGCAUGGACCUACGCCUUCAUAAACCUGGGCUAUGGCACCAAUGUGUCCAACUUCAACGUGUCUCUGACGGCGCAGCUACUGAACGUCACGGGCAGCGGGACAUUCUGUCUUCCUCUGCUGACGUCGCCGGAUUUGACGGGAACCGAUGGCCAAAACGCGACAAUUCAGGUCGUUACCAGCGGCGAGGAUGGUAGCGCUUUGUAUAAUUGCGCCGAUAUCACGUUCCGAUCUGGCGCUCGAGCCCUGAUUGCUGGCGAAGACGAGUGCACGAACUCGACUGGAGUGACAGCUGCAAUCAUCGACGGAUCGUCGGCAUCCAACUCAAACUCCAGCUCAUCGAGUUCAACCUCCUCGGCAGGCGGCAACGCUGCGUCG